UUGCUCUGACCCGGUGAUGAUACAAGCGGACAUGAGGAUAUUACACAAAAACGUGCGAAAGCUGCUGGAAACUUCUAGCAAAACGCCACUCAUUAAUAUCUAACCACUUCUACCAGUAAUCCAGAGAGUGGAAAUAGUUUUACCCUACAGUGCCUGGCAGGAUGUCAGUUAUUGAGGAGGAACGAGUCCGCGGUGGUGUUUUUAAGGACAUUAAUCCAGAAGAUGAAGAUCAGCAACCUACAGUGAUCGAGAGUUUGUGCAUGAACUGUUAUGAAAAUGGAAGUACACGUCUACUGCUUACUAAGAUCCCUUUCUUCAAAGAAAUCAUCAUCAGCUCUUUCACAUGUCCACACUGUAACUGGACCAACACAGAAAUCCAGUCUGCUGGUCGGAUACAAGAGCAGGGUGUGCUGUACACCUUACAGGUGAAGACCAAAGAGGACAUGAACCGAGAGGUUGUGAAGUCUGACAGCGCAUCCACCAGAAUUCCACAACUUGAUUUUGAAAUUCCUGCUUUCACACAGAAGGGCUGUAAGUUUUUCCAUUGUGACCUCUAACUGAAGUA